AUGGAGGUGGCAAGAGGGAGUUGGUGGGGGAGAAGGAGAAAGGGUUUGGGGCUGGGAACCCGGGAGAGGAAGCGCAUCUGGGCGGGACAGAGGAUCCCUGGAGGUGACACAUCUCCCUCCGCUUCACGCUCGGUGACAGCAGAGCCUGGUGAGAGAUCACUCACCUAUCUCCCUAUCAAACUAGUCCCAUCUCAAGCUUUCAGAGGACUUAAUGAGGUCGUAAAAAUUGAAAUCUCUCAGAGUGAUUCACUGGAAAAGAUAGAAGCUAAUGCCUUUGACAACCUCCUCAAUUUGUCUGAAAUACUCAUCCAGAACACCAAAAACCUGGUGUACAUCGAGCCUGGAGCAUUUAGAAAUCUCCCCCGGUUAAAAUACCUGAGCAUCUGUAACACAGGCAUCCGAAAGCUUCCAGAUGUUACGAAGAUCUUCUCCUCUGAAUUUAAUUUCAUUCUGGAAAUUUGUGAUAACUUACACAUAACCACCAUACCAGGAAAUGCUUUUCAAGGGAUGAAUAAUGAAUCCAUAACACUCAAACUAUAUAGAAAUGGGUUUGAAGAAAUACAAAGUCAUGCCUUCAACGGGACGACGCUGAUUUCCCUGGAGCUCAAGGAAAAUGCACACCUAGAGAAGAUGCACAAUGGAGCCUUCUGGGGGGCCACAGGACCCAGCAUCUUGGAUAUUUCUUCCACCAAAUUGCAAACCCUGCCUAGCUAUGGAUUGGGGUCCAUUCAGACACUCAUUGCCACAUCAUCCUACGCUCUAAAAAAACUGCCAUCGAGGGAAAAAUUUACCAGCCUCCUGGAUGCCACACUGACUUACCCCAGCCACUGCUGUGCUUUUAGAAACUUGCCAAAAAGAGAGCAGAAUUUUUCAUUUUCCAUUUUUGAAAACUUUUCCAAACAAUGUGAAAGCACAGCAAGGAGACCAGAUAAUGAAAUGCUUUAUUCUGCCGUCUUUGCUGAGAGUGAACUGAGUGACUGGGAUUAUGACUAUGGUUUCUGCUCACCCAAGAUACUCCGAUGUGCUCCUGAACCAGAUGCUUUUAAUCCCUGUGAAGAUAUUAUGGGCUAUAACUUCCUUAGGGUACUGAUUUGGCUGAUUAAUAUCCUAGCCAUCGUGGGAAAUGUGACUGUUCUCUUUGUUCUCCUGACUAGUCGUUAUAAACUGACAGUGCCCCGUUUUCUCAUGUGCAAUCUCUCUUUUGCAGACUUUUGCAUGGGGCUCUAUCUGCUGCUCAUUGCCUCAGUUGAUUCCCAAACCAAAGGCCAGUAUUAUAACCAUGCCAUAGACUGGCAGACAGGGAGUGGGUGUAGUGCAGCUGGCUUUUUCACUGUAUUUUCAAGUGAGCUUUCUGUCUACACCCUCACAGUCAUCACACUAGAAAGAUGGCACACCAUCACCUAUGCUCUUCAGCUGGACCAAAAGCUGCGUUUAAGACAUGCCAUUCCAAUUAUGCUUGGGGGAUGGCUCUUUUCCACUCUUAUCGCCAUGUUGCCCCUUGUGGGUGUCAGCAAUUACAUGAAAGUCAGCAUUUGCCUCCCCAUGGAUGUAGAAACCACUCUCUCACAAGUAUACAUAUUAACCAUCCUGAUACUCAAUGUGGUGGCCUUCAUCAUCAUUUGUGCUUGCUACAUUAAAAUUUAUUUUGCAGUUCAAAAUCCAGAGCUGAUGGCUACCAACAAAGAUACAAAGAUUGCUAAGAAAAUGGCGGUCCUUAUCUUCACUGAUUUCACCUGCAUGGCACCAAUCUCUUUUUUUGCCAUCUCAGCUGCCUUCAAAAUGCCCCUCAUCACAGUAACCAACUCUAAAGUUUUACUGGUUCUUUUUUAUCCUGUCAAUUCUUGUGCCAAUCCAUUUCUGUAUGCAAUUUUCACAAAGGCAUUCCAAAGGGAUUUCUUUCUGUUGCUGAGCAAAUUUGGCUGCUGUAAACGUCGGGCUGAACUUUAUAGAAGGAAGGAUUUUGUGGCGUAUACCUCCAACUGCAAAAAUGGCUUCACUGGAUCAAAUAAGCCUUCUCAGUCCGCCCUGAAGUUGUCUCCAUUGCAGUGUCAAUAUACGACUGUCCCAGACAAGACUUGCUGUACAGAGUGUUAACUAUUUUAUCAGUAACCACAUUACUGAAUUGUGCUUAAAAAUGUAAAAAAAUGAUCUGUACUAGUAAUUUUAACAUAAGGAGUUGGUUUUAGGAAAUUAUUUAUUCUUAGGCACACACUAGGCAAAAAAGAGCCAUCUACCUAACUUAAAGUGUCAUCCAUGACCAUUGCCAGUCUAAAAAUUGCCAUUGGUACAGGAUGACAUAAAACACAGAAGCUGAGAGUGUUAAAAACAUUUCUAAUGGGGAGUCCAGGUGGCUCAGCGGUUUGGCACUGCCUUAAGCCCAGGGCCUAAUCCUGGAGACCCAGGAUCGAGUCCCAUGUCAGGCUCCCUGCAUGGAGCCUGCUUCUCCUUCUGCCUAUGUCUCUGCCUCUCUCUCUGUGUCUCUCAUGAAGAAAUAAAUAAUCUUAAAAAAAAAAAUUUCUAGCAAUUUUGACAGUAAUUUAUGUUGAAUCUAAAAAUUUUUAAAUGAGAUGGUAUUUUACCUAUCUUUGGGUUUGCUUUUUUUUUUCACAUUUCAUCUUUGUAGUGUUUUUAUAUUGCAUUUUAUUAAAAUAUUAGUAUAUAACAGAUUUUAAAUUUAAAAUAACUUGUCCUUUUCCUCAGAUAGUUUGGAAAAACACUCUCCAGGGAUGCACUAUACACUGUGGUAGCCACUAGCCAUAGGCAGCUAAAUUAAAAUUAAAAUUAAAAUGUAGUUUCUCUCAUAAAACUACAAGAAGAAAAUAUAGGCUGUAAUUUGACAUCAGCCUUAGCAACAUUUUCCUAGAUAGUCUCCUCAGGCAAAGAAUGCAAAAGCAAAAAUAAAUAUUGGGACUAUAUCAAAAUAAAAAGCUUUUGCACAGCUAAGGAAACUAUCAACAAAACAAAAAUGCAACCAACCUGGUGAAUAGGAGUAUAUGCAAAUGACAUAUCUGAUAAGGUGUUAAUAUCCAAAUAUAAAGAACUCAUAUAACUCAACACCAAAAAAAAAAUCAAAUAAUCUGAUUUUAAAAUGGGGAGAAGACCUGAAUAGACAUUUUUUCAAAGACGACCUACAGAACCAACAGACACAUGAAAAGAUGUUCAACAUUACUAAUCAUCAGAAAAAUGCUAAUGAAAACCACAAUGGGAUACCACUUUACACCUGUGAAAAUGGCUAGACUCAAAAAGACAAGAAAUAACAAGUGGUGGUGGUAAGGAUGUGGAGAAAAGGGAACACUUAUGCACAGUUGGUGACAAUGUAAAUUAGUGCAGCCACUGGGGAAAACAGUAUGGAGGUU